AUGCCUCACAAAAUUGAAGAAUUCAAAAACUUUCUGCUCAUGGCCAGGCUAAAGGAUGCCAAAUCUGUCAAGAUCAGGAAAAAUGUGGAUAAUGUGAAGUUUAAAGUUUGCAGCAGAUACCUUUAUACAUUGGUCAUCACAGAUAAAGAGAAAGAAGAGAAACCGAAGCAGUCCCUGCCCCCAGGUUUGGCAGUGAAGGAGCUGAAAUGA